ACCAACUGUUACAAUGCCAUUCUUUUAUUUAUUAUGGCAAAUGAGUAGAUUAACAAAAGAACGUCUAUGUGGUUACUUCCGAUUUAGUAAACGGAAAUUGGAACAAUCUACCACCGACAUUGUAACAACAUAUACAUCCGUUUCAAGUACAACUGGUGGUGGAAUUGUUCUAGGGGUUGUUACUAAUAACCUCAUCAGUGUUGGUAUUCAUCGUAACAAUAAUUCAAUACAAAUCAGAAAUUCAACUCAUGAAGCUACUAUUGCUAAUGGAACAAUUAUUGAACAUCAAGUUACAGAUAAUAAUGAUAUUGAUACAGAGUGUAUCACGACGAUGAAUACAAAAGAAUUGAAUACAACAUCAAUAUCACCUACGUUUAUUACUUUACCUUUAACUACAGAUAACAAUGACGCAGAGAAUCUUGGUGAUUUCGAUAGGAAUGUAAGUCUAAGUAAUAAUAGACAUGCACCACUUCAACGCCAAAAAUAUAAUCGUAAUCGGUCGCGUCGUUCUUCAAAGCAUAAUAAUCAACUGUUAGAAAAUGGCAUGCCAAAAGAAAUUUGUUAUUCGUGAAAAUCUAUUUAAAGACUUGAUUGGUAUCAAUUUUGAUGUGAAUUGGACAAUAAUCGAUAAAAACUGGGGAAACUAAUUCGUACUUAUUAAAACAGGAAGUGGGCCCGUUCUCAGUAGUUCUAAUUUAGAUUACCAGUACAAUACUUGUACUUACCAUUUUUAAAAUCCAAUCAAAAUAUUCAAAUUCAAAUCAGCUAAAUCCAGCCAACUGCCGAUAAUAAUUAGUACUAAUUAAAACAGGAAGUAGACCCGUUUUCACAAGUAUUCCAAUUUGGACUACCAAUUUUACCAACCAUUUACCAAUAUAAAAUACGAAAUUGUUUCACAAAAAAUACUUAGGUUAGGUUAGGUUAGAGUGGCUGUCCUGGGGUGGAACACACAUAAAACACUUAAACAUUUAAUAUUUAAUGUCUUCAAUGUUAAAAAAAUAUCCAAAAUACUCUUAGCUCAAAACAGAUCAAUGUUCUUGCACAAAUUUUUGUAAUGGAUUUAUACAGAAAUUAAAAA